AUGUCCGAGCACAUUUUGGACCAUGUGCUUGGGAAGGGCCGUGCCAUCGAUCGUAUCGAGUCGCCGGACCACGCACUUAGCGUCGUCUCGCCCCGCGCCGGCUACUCUAAAAUGGACUCGCACGCGCUCUACUGGAGCAAAGAAGGCGUCGUGAAGCGAUCGGCGACCGUGACCAACCGCAUGCACGCGCGUGGUGUCAAGCUCGAGCACGAGACAGACCCGCGCGCAGACUUGCCGCCGGAAGACGUGCUGGAUCCAACGCAACCGGUCCCCGAGCCUGUGCUCAUCACGUACAAAUCGAACAGGACACUGAGCCCCAAAGUCGUGGCCGAGAAGGACACCAAACACAAGAUAAUUGCCAAAGCCAAUGCCAGCGUCCUGCAAUCGCUCGAGGCAGCGUACAAGCCAGCCCAAGGCGACAAGGUGGCCCUGAGCGAGAUUGCACAUACCGAGAAGGCACCGUCGCGCCACCUUCAGUAUGUCGACGGCGAUGGCAACGUUCGAAGCCUGUCGCGAACGGGUUGCGACACACCGCUGACGGCGCCACCGUCGACGCCGCCUGUCGACGAGGCAGCGAUCGAGGCAACGAGCCCCGUCGUCGUCGAAGUUCAGGCCAACAAAAAGCGAGCCACCAAGUUUUGGACGAAAAAUACAAAGGCCAAGGACAUGGACGCCGAGCUCAAGAAGAGCGAGUCGGUGCCCGUCAAGGCCGUGUCCCCGCCGGUGCUCAAGAAGAGCGACUCGGCGGGAGACGCGCCGUCCAAGCCCACGACGUCGGGCUGGCGCAUGAACGCGCCAGACGUUGCACUGGCCGUCGAUUCAAGUCAAAGUGCUACCGUCGCCGCGGAGCUCAAGAAAAGCGAGUCGGCGCCCGCAAAGACAACAUCUCCACCGGUGCUCCAGAAGAGCGAAUCAGAAGGGGACGCGCCCGCGAAACCCAUUGCGAUUGGCUGGCGCGCGAAAUUUGGUGUCAAGGAGAACGUGAAAGAGGCCACAGCUCCGGUCGUGGAGGCAUUGGCGGUCUCAACCACGACAGAGUCGGCCACCGCCAGCGAAGCGACACCGGCGGUACCGACGUCAGAGAGUGCACCGACAGUCGACCGUGUUCAAAAUGCGACGGCCAGUGCAGCGACUGUACCUGCUACUGAACCAAGCACCGCCGUUACACCGCCACCCGUGCCUGAGAAGAAGAAAAUGUCCGGUCUCUUCAACAAGGCCAAGGCCGAGCCGAUGGUCAAGCCCAUCGCGAGCGAUGAGGCCACGAAAGCAGCAUCCACGUCGGACGAAACGAAACGCAAGUCGGCCAUCAAGUCGGUCGAGAAGCCCAAAGCGAACCCACUCGACUUGGCUGCAAACCUCGACAGUGGGUCCAACCAAGCUCUGAACGACACCGUCACGACAUCCAAGGGCCCGAAGAUGACCGACCCGGUGACAACGAGUGACGAUGCCGAAACUUCUUCGACGACCAAGCUCGCGCCCAUCGAGGCCACAGGACCGUCGGUGUCGGAGACCAAAGCGGAUGCAGUGAGCGCUGGCGAGGUCGUUUCGACUGCCCCACCAACAAACACCGUUCUGUCGCCGUCCAAGAAGCGCGGCACCUUUCGCAACCUUUUCAAGGCUCGUAAGUCGUCGAUGGGGGCCACCGUCAACUAG